AUGUCCGCAGCCAAGCGUGCGCGGACUGACGACACCGGCGCCGCAGCCACUCCGGCCACUCCCGCCGUGGGGAGCUGCAACUUCCAGCCAAUGCGGCUCUCGGUCGGCGGCACGCUCUUCACAACCACGCGGGCAACGCUCUGCGCUGAGAAGGGCUCUAUGCUGGCGACAAAAUUCGAAGGCGGAAGCCCGUUUGGUGAGCUUGUGGCCGAUGAGACCGGCGCGAUCUUUCUCGACACCGAUCCGGCCACGUUUACAUGGAUCCUCGGCUACCUUCGCCGCAGCUGCUGUCUGGCCGGCACCCCACCGCAGCCGCUGCUUGAGCAGGUUCGGGCUGAUGCCGAUUACUUUGGCCUGUCUGGGCUCGUGAAGGCGCUGGAUGCGAGGCUGGCAGCGAUUGAGAAGGCGGAGAAGGCGGAGAAGGCGGAGAAGGCGAAGAAGGCCGCGACUCGUUACACGUAUCAACACCGUCUGGUUGGCCCGCUGUCGGCGUCGGAGACGGACAGCGACGAAGACCGACGUGCACGGUACGCAAAGUUUGAGCAAAGCAUGCAGCAACUGAACGAUUCGGCCCAAGCAGGCUAUCGCCUCGUCAGCGCGGCAGUCGACGGAGAGGGGAAUUAUGUCGACUGCAUGAUGGAAAAGGUCGCUGCGCGGUGA